CUCGAUAGGGCAAUAAAAGCCCACCGCGGUGACAGGGGAGCUCUCUGGACGGGCAGAGCAGCCAGCCGCGGCACGUGUGGCAGGAGAGACGACAUCUGUAAUAAAGAUGACACGGGGAUUUGGGACGUGAAGACUGAGGGCGCCAGCCGAGGACCUGUAAGCCAGCAGCAUGGAGCACCACAACGACUCGCUGUUUAUCGACUUGGGCCACAACUCGUCUUACUGGAUCCACUACCACUGCACUUUGGAGCUGAGUGUACUCGGGCAGCAGCUGACCAGCUUCUUCUUGUAUCUCUUCAUCUUUGUGUUCGGUCUGAUCGGGAACACCUUGGUGAUCUGGGUGAACUGGAAAUGGCGCAACACGGACAAUGUGGUGACCUUCUGUGUCCUCAACAUUGGCCUGGCCGACUUGGGUCUGGUCCUCACGCUGCCCUUUUGGAUGGUGGAGGUGAUCUUUGACAGUAUUUGGGUCUUUGGGAGGACCCUCUGUAAACUGAUCCAUUUGAUUUUCCUGGUCAACAUGUACGGCAGCAUCUUCAUUGUGGCAUACAUGACAGUGGAGCGCUACGUUGCCUUUGUGCGGCCUUCCGUGGUGGGCAGUCGGCAGGAGAGGCUCCGGCGGCUGGUGGUCUGCAUCACCCUCUGGUUUUUUGCUCUGUUCCUCACACUGCUGGAGAACGUACACGUUGAUCUUUAUGAAUUUGCAGGACCCGGGUGCCUCCCCAUCCCUUUGUACAGUGAAAUCGAGUGGUACAUUAGCAUCAGCUUUCUUUCCAUCAUCUUCGGCUUUGUCGUCCCAGCUGCCAUCAUCAUCACUUUCAACUUUCUCAUUGCUCGAAAAGUUAAGGCCAGCUAUGGUCGCGAUGGUAGAAGAACGUGCUGGAUCGUGCAUGUCUACUCCCUGGUCUUCAUUGCCUGCUGGUUCCCUCGACAGCUGGUGCUGCUGCUCAUCACUUUGGAUGACCUGAUGCUUGGGCUCUACAGCUGUAAUGCCAUCAGCUUGCUCUACUACUCCUUCCACAUCCUCGACUGCUUCUCACUGCUGCACUGCGUCGCCAACCCCAUCUUCUACAACUUCCUCAGCAAAGGGUUUCGCAGCAGCCUGGCCAGCGCAGUGGUGCACUACCUGCCCAAACAGGCCGCCAAGCGUGAGGGCAAUGGGUCAUCGGGCAGCAGCAGGAGUCACUCGGUGGUCAUCUCCUAACAGCAGACAUGGAACAUGAGAACACAGCCAGCCUGUGUGCUGUUCCCCCUGCCAAGCUUUGCCACCAUGGACCCUUCAAGGUCUUCUGCACCCUCUUGUGCCCGCCUUGUAAAAAAUAAUAAUAAUAAUAAAACACUGCUGACCCCAGCGAGUGGAUGAUGGCAUGAGAGGAGAAGUUCAGCCGCAAUAUAAAGGGACGGGGGUUCAGAGUUUUUGAACAAGAAAGGAAAGGGUGGGGUGUUUAAAGAGGUACUGGACUUAAGAACCAUCACAGUCCUCGAACCCCUCACAUCAGAAUCUUCCAUUUCUGAAUCUGAACAGGCGUGUGAGGGCUGAUACUUGUGGUCCGCUGCUUCAGUGUUGGACCAGUCUGGGUAGCUUUAACCAGCCCGCCUGUACUUUUACAGGUGCCAGAGUGCAUGGGCGAUGCCAUCGGGCAAGGGUGUCCAACUCCACCGUGGCUGCAGGUUUUGCUUCCUGCCACUCUCUUAGUCGGUGACCAAUUUGUCCCCUUUCAUUUUAUUUGCUGCACCUUUAAAGUCUCCGAAUUGCCUCUUUCUUUUCCUUGGAACGGCCGCCAAACAGAAAUGAGACGUGAAGCCUCCGAGCAGUUUCUUCAUUAUUGUUCAUUUAAACCCGUUGUUUAAUUCUCAUGCUGGCCCAUCAGACAUUUCCAAAACUGUGGAUUUUUGUUGUUCUAAGAUCAGCUUGAAAACGUUUUGUGGACCUGAGCAGAUCCACCUUGCGCUUUCUUGGUUAGCAGAUAUCAGAGCAGUAGUGUGGGUGGUGCGAACCGGGCGCCAGUCGACGACGUGGUUGUUUUGGUUUAAAAAGAAGAACAAAAAAAAAUUAAUAAAAACAUUAAGAUCACUGAAAAUUAGUCAAACAUUUAUUAUGUCCCUUUUACUUUUUAUGAUUUUUCUAAAACAACUUGCACAUUGAAAUGUGUUUAUAUUGCCUUUUACAAUCACAGCCGAAUCAUUGGAAAUAAAAGCGCAGUUCUAAGUGAAAUAAAUGUAUUGUAUCCUCUCACAUUAGGCAUGUUUACAUCAUUUUCAUUGCUUUCUUCACUUAAUUUUUUUACUUCCGGUUAAUUUUUUUUUUUUAUUUAAAAUUUUAUAUUUUUUACUUCCGGUUGAAAUCCAUUGUUUUAAAGUAUUUGAAUACUAUGAAAAAUAAAAAGUUAGCAUAAAUAUAUUUGAAAACUUAAUAAAUGUUGGCUGAGAUUGGCUCCAGCAGACCCCCAUGACCCUGUAGUAGGCUAGGAUGUAGCGGGUCGGAUAACGGAUGGAUGCUAUUAGGGCGUUUGUGCGUUGAGAUGGCUGCUGUUUCUCACUUAUCACAUACAUCCAUUAGGCGACUUAAGCCUUUCCGGCGCGCUCUGUAACACUUCCAGCCCUACCAGCUAUUAACGUCGAGGGGCGCGUGCUCCACACACCAAGGAAGGGGGGCAUCCCCACCCUAUGUGUAAAUACGCGCUCUGGACUGGGCUUCGACAGGCCCUGAUCAAAAGCUAAGCAGUCAGUUUAUCUUCACCACUAUAUGUACAAGCCCUCUAACACCGGUGGAAAUCUAAGUAAUCGACGGAGACCAUCAACGUUAACGUUUGCAUUUUUGUACAGGAUUACUAGGGUGUUGUACCGUGUUAGCCAUUAUGGAUGUUGUUAGAAGUUAAGCAAAAUGACACAUUUUUUGCCUGAAGAAGGGGCCUGAGUUUCCUCGAAAGCUUGCAUAUUGUAAUCUUUCUAGUUAGCAUGAACGAGAGCCAGUGCUUAAUUCAUGCCUGUAAAUCUGAUUUUGAGGUCUUUCGGGAACCCGAAAUCUACUUAAUAUAUAUUUGAUAUUUGUAUAUUUCUAUAAUGUUUAAAUAAAACAAUGUUUAUUCCA